AUGCUACUGCCACUACUACCCCAGAGCUCCAAACCUGAGCCUAAGAAAUCUCAGUCCAGCAAAAUUGUGCCCAGCAGAAUGGGGGAGAAUUGCCAAGUGAAGCUCUCUCCAUCUUCACUUCAGGGACUCUCUCCAUCUUCACUUCAGGGAGCACUCAAAAAGAGAUCAGCUUUUGAAGAUCUCACUAAUGCUUUUCAGUGUCAACCUGCCCAGCCCAAGAAAGAAGCCAACAAAGAGUUUGUAAAAGAUGUUUCUAAGAAGAUAAACAGAAACACUCGUGCUUUUGGAUUGGCCAUAAAGAAUAAACGGAAUCUAAAAUGGCAUAAGCUGGAAGUCACACCAGUAGUAGCCUCUACUACCUUGAUACCAAACAUUGUGGAGAAACCACUCAUUCUAGACAUAACCACCACCUCCAAAACACCCAGUACUGAGGCGGCAUCUCUCUGCAGAAAGCCAUUAGUUUUAAAAGAGGAACCCGCUACUGAGGAUAAAAUCCUUAUCAAGAAGUCAUUGUCUUUAAAGAAGUGCUCAAAUCAUGGGUACAUGUCCCUAUUGGAAAAGCCACAGCCCCUGCAGGAGGAGAGUGACAGUGAUGAUGAGCUUGUUAUAGAGCCAAUGACUUUUAAGAAGACACAUAAAACUGAGGAGGAAGCCAUCACCAAUAAGACAUUAUCCUUAAAGAAGAUGUGUGCAAGUCAGGAGAAGCAGUCCUGCCAGGAAGAGUUGUUGGCUUUGCAGGAUGUCAAUAUUGAAGAGGAUUCCUUUAUGGAGUCAAUGAGUUUUAAGAAGAAGCCUAAAACUGAGGAGUCAAUCUCCACCAAUAAGCUAUCAUCUUUAAGGAAGAAAUGUACCAUUCAUGGGAAGAUGUGCCACUUUAAGAAUCCACUAGUAUUGCAGACAGCCAUCUCUGGAGAGAUGUCCUCCAUUAAGGAGCCAUUGUCCUUUAAGAAAAUGCCUACCAGUGAGAAGGAGACCCUUUUCCAAGAGCCAUCUGCAUUGCAAGAGAAGCACACCACUGAGCAUGAGAUGUCCAUCUCGAAGAAAUCAUUAGCCUUGCAGGAGAAGACCAGCUUUAAAGAGAAUUCCCUUGUUAAGGAGUCAUUAGCCUUUAAGAAGAGGCCUAGCACUGAGGAGGCAGUCAUGAGGCCAUUAAUUUUAAAGAAGCAGUGCAUGACUCAGGGAAAGAGGUCCCACUUGAAGCCAUUAGUAUCGCAGGAGAUCACCUCUGGAGAGAAGUCACUUAUUACAAAGCCAUUGUCCAUUAAAGAGAAGCCUACUACUGAGAAGGAGUCCUUUUCCCAGGAACCAUCUGCAUUGCAAGAGAAGCACACCACUCAGGGGGAUGUAUCCAUCUUAAAUGAGCCCUUGUCCUUGCUGAAGUCUCCAACUGAGGAGUCACUUUGUGAUGAGGCUUUGGCUUUUAAAAAGUGUACCAUUGAGAACGCAGUUCCCACCAAGAAGCCUUUAGUUUUAAAGAGGAAGCACACCACUCAGGGGACAGUGUCCCAGUUGAAGAAACCACUAGUAUUACAGACCACCUCUGGAGAGAAAUCACUUACUGAGGAGCCAUUGUCCUUUAAAGAAGAAAAAGUGCCUUUAAAGAAAAAGUGCACCACUCAAGCAAUGAUGUCUGUCUGGCCAGAACUGUUGGACUUUCAGGAUAUGAUUGGUGACGAUAAGAGUUCUUUCUUUAUGGAGCCAGUGUCAUUUAGGAAGAACCGUACGACUGAAGAGACAGUACUUACCAAGACAUCAUUGUCGUUAGAGAAAAAGAACAUCACUCAGGAUAAGAUGUCGCUGUUAGAGAAGCCACUGGUCUUGCAGAAGAUCACUUCUGAGGAGGAAACACUCUAUAAGAAGUUGUUGCCCUUUAAGAUGAAAUCUACAACUGAAGAACAGUUUCUCUUCCAGGAACCAUCUGCAUUGAAAGAGAAGCACACAACCUUGCAGGAGGUGCCCUUCUCAAGAGAGUCAUUGCGCAUCCAGGAGACGACUACCACUGAGGAGAAAUCCUCUCAGGAACUAUUUUCAUCACAUGCUAAGCAUACCAACAAAAGUGGGUCCCUCUUCCAGGAGGCUUUGGUCUUGCAAGAGAAGGCUGUUACCAAAGAGGAUUCCUUGAAGAAGCUAUUGGCCUUGCAGGAGAAAAGCUCCGUAGAAGAAGAUGAGUUUGUUAUCAAUAAGCCAUUGGUUCUGAAGAAGGAGCGUUCUGCUGAGGCAGCCACAAACAUAGAUACACAAUUAUCUUUAAAGGAGCAGUCCACUGCUCAGGGAGAAGUGUUUCUCUUGAAGAAGCAGUUGGCUUUGAAUGAGAACCUCAGUGAAGAAGAGUUCCUUAUUAAGCUGCCACCGGCCCUGGAGGGGUAUCCCAGCAUUGAGGAGGGGGAGGCCAUCUUCAAGAAACUUUUGGCCAUGGAAGAGAAGCCUAGCAUUGAGAAGGAGGCUGUCCGCAAGGAGCCCACUAUUGACACAGAAGCUCACUUUAAGGAAACUUUGACCUUGCAGGAGAAGCCCAGCAUUGAGCAGCAGGCCUUCUUUAAGCAACAGUUGGCUUUGUGUGAGAAGCCCAGCACUGAGAAGGAGGCCAUCUUCAAGGAGUCCUUGGUUUUGCAGGAGAAGUCCAUCAUUGAGAAAGAGACCCUCUUCAAAGAGCCAUUACCCUUGCAGAUGUCUACCAUGAAUGAGGCAUCCCUCUUCAAAGAUACGAAAAUUCUGAAUGAGAAACCCACCACUGGGAAGGAAUUGUCUUUCAAGGAGCUACUGACCUCACAAGAGAGUACCACCUGCAAGAAAGACAUCUUUCUCAAAACAUUAUUGAUCCCCCAAGUUGGAACCAGCUCAUAUGAGUCUAACACCAUUCAUGAAUCCAUAACAGGCAAUUCCCGCAUUGUUACCAUCACCAGCGUAGGCAAGUCCAGUACCACCACCAAGUCCAGUGCAUGUGCUUCUGAUGAACCUUUCGCACCACAGGCCAAACGAACACCAAAGGAGAUAACCCCACAGGAAGAUACUGACGAGGACAACAGUGAUGCAAGUUUCAACCCAGUGUAUGUCGAGGAAAUCUUCAGUUACCUGAAGGAGAGAGAGGAACAGUUUAUAGUUACAGAUUAUAUGAAGAGGCAGAUUGAAAUCACCGGUGAAAUGAGGGCCAUUCUUGUGGACUGGUUGGUAGAGGUGCAGAUGUCCUUUGAGAUGACCCAUGAGACCCUGUACUUGGCAGUGAAACUGGUGGAUCUCUACCUAAUGAAGGCAAUUUGCAGGAAGGAUAAGUUACAACUCCUUGGUGCUACCGCCUUUAUGAUUGCAGCAAAAUUUGAGGAGCCCAACGCACCUUGUGUGGAUGACUUCGUAUACAUCUGUGAUGAUAAUUAUCAGCGAGAUGAGAUGCUCAAGAUGGAAAUGCACAUCCUGCAGGUCCUCAAAUUUGACAUCAACAUUCCCGUUGCCUAUCAUUUUCUGCGCAGAUAUGCUAAGCGUAUCCACACCAGUAUGAAGACACUGACCUUGUCCCGCUACAUCUGUGAGUUGAGUCUACAGGAAUACGACUAUGUCCAGGAGAAAGCUUCCAAGCUAGCUACUGCCUCCUUGCUCCUGGCCCUCUACAUGAGACAUCUCGGAUACUGGGUUCCCAUCCUGGAGUAUUACAGUGACUACAAGAUCUCUGAGCUUUACUCUGUGGUCAAACGGCUGAACAAACUGCUGACUUUCAAUCCUUACUAUAAUCUCAAGACUGUGUAUACCAAGUAUUCUCACCCGGUCUUCUUUGAAGUCACCAAAAUCCCCACCUUGGAUAUGUCAAAGCUGGAGAAGAUUCUGAAGUAUGAUUGUGUGGCUGAGGGCCCGAUACUCUAGCAGCAGCCUCAGGGCCAGGCAUGCAUUUUAAUAGGGUAUCUUUAUUCUACGUUUGAAUUGGUCUUUUGAUCACCUUUAUUCAUUUUUCCUCCCUGUUUGUCUUUUCCCUAACUGAUAAUGCUAUCAAUAUUUAUGUUGUUCGUUUUUAUGAAAGAAAAAAUAUUGUCAUAUUUGACUAGAAAUUGAAUAAAAAAUUAAUGGUUGUUGUUAAAA